CAUUUAAUUAUUUACAAGCUCGAGGAGAAGGAGGAGAGCAAGUUCCUCAAGUUCUUGGGUUUCAUGUGGAAUCCACUGUCAUGGGUCAUGGAGGCUGCAGCAAUCAUGGCCAUUGCAUUGGCGAAUGGAGGGGGGAAGCCACCAGAUUGGCAGGACUUUGUCGGUAUCAUCACGCUGCUACUUAUAAACUCUACUAUCAGUUUUAUUGAGGAAAACAAUGCCGGCAAUGCUGCUGCCGCACUUAUGGCCCGUCUUGCACCAAAAGCCAAGGUUCUCCGUGAUGGUCGGUGGACCGAGGAGGAGGCAGCCAUCCUUGUGCCUGGGGACAUCAUCAGUAUCAAACUUGGAGAUAUCAUUCCUGCAGAUGCCCGCCUCCUAGACGGAGAUCCUCUGAAGAUUGAUCAGUCUGCCCUGACUGGAGAAUCACUGCCAGCCACCAAAGGUCCUGGUGAUGGCAUCUACUCUGGUUCAACAGUCAAGCAGGGCGAGAUUGAGGCUGUUGUCAUAGCAACCGGUGUGCACACUUUCUUUGGAAAGGCUGCCCACCUUGUUGACUCCACCAACCAAGUUGGCCAUUUCCAACAGGUCCUGACAGCCAUCGGGAACUUUUGUAUUUGCUCAAUUGCUGUGGGAAUGCUUAUUGAGAUCAUUGUCAUGUACCCAAUUCAACACAGGGCAUACCGUCCUGGGAUCGACAACCUUUUGGUGCUUCUCAUUGGAGGCAUUCCCAUAGCAAUGCCCACAGUCUUAUCGGUCACCAUGGCAAUUGGGUCCCAUCGCUUGUCUCAACAGGGAGCUAUAACAAAGAGAAUGACUGCAAUUGAAGAGAUGGCUGGCAUGGAUGUUCUUUGCAGUGAUAAAACUGGAACCCUGACUUUAAAUAAGCUCAGUGUUGACAAGAACCUAAUCGAGGUUUUUGAAAAAGGAGUGACUCAGGACCAAGUAAUUCUGAUGGCUGCUAGAGCAUCCCGGAUAGAAAAUCAAGAUGCUAUUGAUACGGCAAUAGUUGGGAUGCUAGGUGAUCCAAAAGAGGUCAAGUUGGCAUUAUGGCAUGUAUCUAAACCCGGUGUACAUGGAAAUCAAAUAUUCUCAUGCUUUGUUAAGUUCCAUGUAUACUGGACGUGGCGCAUUGGGUCAAAAACUCAUGUCAGAGGAAGGAAAGUGCAGAAAUGUGGUGAACAACCAUCUGAUUUUAGAGAUAAGGGCGUCAGAUUCCGCAUGUUUUGGGCUCAUGAGAUGUAAACAAUUGACAUCGCUAGCUACUCCAGUUUGUAUAAUUGUUCUCAUAGUUCUGAAAUCUGUCAUGCAUUCAGAUGCGUGUUAUAUAUAUUUUUUUU